UGACCUUAUAACGUAGUCUCUCGUCUCAUUCGUACGUAAAAUCCAAUCCGGUUAGUUUUUUCGUAUAGAGAAACAGAAAAUAUCGUCAAUAAUUCAGAAAAUGUCUAAUAUUAUUCACGUGUCGAGAUGGGAACAUUUUUGUGCGUAUUUUUUCGCAAUAAUCGUCGGCGUUUGGAUAAUUUUAAAACGAUUUUUUACAUACAUUUGGAACCCAAAUAAUUUCUUUAACAUUCGCAAUAGAGAUACAGCACCGAUGUGGCUUGUAGAUAACACUUUUGGUCAACACAAAUACGUUAAAUUAAAGAAAGUUAAAAUCCAUUAUGUUGAAGCUGGUUUAAAACAAAACCACCCAAUAAUUCUUUUACACGGUUUCCCUGAUUGCUGGAUAAGCUGGAGACAUCAAAUUCAUUUUUUAUCGGAAUAUUUUCGUGUCAUUGCAAUUGAUUUAAAAGGUUUUGGUGAUUCAGAUAAACCAAUUUGGAGGGGAAGUUAUAAAAUUGAUGUUUUAUUAACUGAAUUAUCCCAAUUUUUAUCAGUUUUAAAUAUAAAUAAAUGCACAAUAAUCGGCCACGAUAUCGGUGGAUUAAUCGGAUGGUUCUUAUCGUACGAAAAGCCCGAUUUAGUUGAGAAAUUCGUUUCAAUAUCGUGCCCACAUCCAAACGUUUACUGGAAUAACCUCCCUCUAAACAAAAUUAUGAACAAAAAUUGGAUCAAUUUCGCUCAACUUCCCUCAUUACCCGAACUUGAUUCGAUGAAAGAAGAUUUAAGAAUCAUUAGUGAUUAUCAUUUACAUCUACAAGAAAAGGAUAAUCGCCACCAAGAAUUUAUUGAAGCUUAUAAAUACGCAUUUUCACGCAAAGAAGAUUGGUCUGGACCUUUAAAUUAUUUUAGGAACCUUCCGUUUGUUCGAAUUAACGAAAAAUCAAAUUUAUUAAAAGUUCCUACUUUAUUGGUAACGGGGAAUAAGGAUCAACACGUUAAUUUGGAGGGGGUUGUUAAAUCAACCGAUUAUUGUGAUAAAUUUUUUGUGAAAAUUAUUGAGAGUACCGGGCAUUUUCCGCAUCAAGAAAACCCAGACAAUUUUAACAAAGCUUUAGCGAAAUUUUUAAAAAUUAAAUCUGGUAAUAAUAAUAAAAUUAACGAAAGAAGAUUUUCACCAACAACCGGGUUAAUGAAUCGAAUGAUUGGGGCGAUGUCCACUACUGUUAAAUAUGGGAAUUCUGUUUUAGAUAGUGUUCAAAAAAAAACUAACGGUGUUGUUCAUAUACCUAGUUUUAGUUUUGGAGAUAGUUCUACUUAGAAUUUUUACAAGAUUUCAUUCUUUUUCUCUAACACAAAUUUCAAAAAUCUCAGCUUUAUUUUUUACUUUUAUAUUGAGUUGUUAAUUGUAUUUAUUUAUUGU